AUGUUGUUUUUGAAGGAUCGUCAUUCAACAACUUCAUCGAAUCCUCGUUUACGUGAGUUUGGUCCGUGGACUGAACAGUACAGUUCCUCAGGGAAACGCUACUUUUACAAUCGCGAAACUGAGGUCUCACAAUGGGAAAAACCGGUGGAAUGGCGUGAAUACGAGAAAUCACUGGCUGACAAUACGACAAGUCAUAGUCCAAUAUCAUCAUCUUGUAGGUUCAACUGCAUCAUCUCUUACUCCUAUUGCUGA